CGGAUCCCAUCGGCUCGAUGCGCUCGGCGCUCGCACGCAGAUGCCAGCCCCCGCCAUUCGCGGCGCCGCGGGGAGAGCGGCGGCAGGCGGAGGAAGAGGCGAGCAGGGGCGCGAGCAGCUUCCAAACAAAGAACACAAAAAGAGAGAAGAAGAAAAAGGAGAAGAUUCCAUUGACACCGAAUGCAGCGAACUAGGAAACAUGGAUCUGAAAUUCAACUCCUCAAGGAAAUAUAUUUCGAUCAGCAUACCUUCCAAAUCGCAAGCUAUGUCACCUCAUAUCAAAUCAGUAGAUGACAUAAUCGUUCUCGGCGUGAAUCUCAGCAAAUUUAACAAACCCACUCAGUUUUUUAUUUGUGUUUCUGGAGUUUUUAUGUUUUAUCUAAUCUAUGGAUAUUUACAGGAACUGAUAUUUUCAGUGGAGGGUUUUAAGCCCUUUGGUUGGUACCUUACUUUAGUGCAAUUUGGAUUUUAUUCCAUUUUUGGACUAAUAGAACUGCAGCUUAUUCAGGAUAAAAGGAGACGAAUCCCAGGCAAGACCUACAUGAUAAUAGCGUUUCUAACUGUAGGGACUAUGGGUUUAUCAAAUACCUCCCUAGGAUAUCUGAAUUAUCCUACUCAAGUCAUCUUUAAGUGCUGUAAACUGAUUCCUGUUAUGAUAGGAGGAGUCUUUAUACAAGGAAAACGUUAUAAUAUUGCAGAUGUGUCUGCUGCAAUGUGUAUGAGUCUUGGCCUAAUAUGGUUUACUUUAGCUGACAGCACAAUCGCACCAAAUUUCAACUUGACAGGGCUUCAAACUUUGAUAUCAGCAUUACCAAUCUCCAACAGAAAGUGGUCCUCCCAUAUUGGCAUUGUAAUGGCUUCAAGCUACAGACUGAUAAAGUGUGGUCCUUAUAUCCCUUGCUCUCUGUGCAGAUGCAGUUAUAGGAAAUGUGCAGGAAAAAGCUAUGAAGUUACACAAUGGUUCCAAUUCAGAAAUGGACAUCUGCCUUGUUCUAUGCACACACUGGAUGAUGCUUUGGGAAUUGUUCGAGAUUGUGUUCUGUAUUCCUAUUCAAUAGGUUUUGUGUACAUUUUAUUGGGAUUGACGUGCACUAGCGGAUUAAGUCCUGCAGUAACAUUUUGUUCAAAGCAUCCAGUUCAGACUUAUGGUUAUGCAUUCUUUUUUUCCCUGACUGGAUAUUUUGGAAUAUCCUUUGUUCUAGCGUUGAUUAAAAUCUUCGGUGCCCUUCUAGCUGUAACAGUAACAACAGGAAGAAAAGCAAUGACCAUUGUGCUUUCUUUUUUGUUCUUUGCAAAGCCAUUCACAUUCCAGUACGUGUGGUCAGGUUUAUUAGUUGUCCUGGGUAUAUUUCUGAAUGUUUACAGUAAGAAUAUGGAUAAAAUCAAGCUGCCUUCGCUACGAGGUCUUUGGAACAAAACUGUGGAAGAAAGAAAGACAAGGACGUUGUCACAAACUGUGUAGACGGUGGUUUUAUGCCAUGUCUUGAAUCUGACUUAUUUUAUUGGAACAGUCUUCAACUGGUUCACUUUCCACAGGGAACAUUAUUAAAACCAAAGGAGCUGAAGGCAUAUUGUCUGCUUGCAGAUGAUUUGACAUGAACAGUUUUAUGUGAGCCUUCUCUUCAGAGCACUUGAAUUCGUCAUAGGUGUUAUAUACCAUUGUCAGAAGGCAUUAUCAAGCCAAUGAAGGAAAGCAACUCCUGGCAGACUGCUGAAAAACUAUGCUCCAAAUGGGGGGACAGUAGAAUAUUAAUUUGGGCAUUUUUAUCAUAUCAGAUGUGGCUGAUUUGAGAUGAGUGGUUGUUUGUUUUUAUUGUUGGGUGGGGAUUAUUUAAAAGUAAUACUGUAUUAACACUUAAUGGAAGCUAAUCAGUUACUGAUUGACCAAAUUGAAAUUUUAAAGUUGGAAGAGAGAGAAUAAGGUAUGUCAGGAUUUUUCAUUUUAAAUAAAAAUUCAGUUUAAGUUCUUGAUGAGAUUCUCAACAUUGUACAUUUGUUAAUAUAAUUGGCAUUUCUGUUGAAAUCAAAAUCUGAUUAAUGUUUUAAAUUUGAGAUUGAAAGAAUCAUGAUUUUUUUCCAUUUUUCCCCCGUCAUCCAGCUUUUAAAAAUUAUUAAAAAGUGCACAUAGACAUUGCUGUUAAACCCAAUGUGGAAAAAAAAAAAAAGUACCAAGAUCUGUGUCUGCUUGCAAUACUAUCUCACCAACAGAGGAGUUGUUUGCUGCUUACUAUACUGGUAUAAAACAGUGAGUGUAAGUUCUCUAACAGCACACAGGUUAAUAUAUUAAACAUUAUUUCUCUUUACUGUCCUCAAAUUAAAGCUUUAACUCCAAA